CGAGAUCACCUGACGUGUCGUCACUGCUGUUGCGCUUCUCUCCACGCAAGUCGCAACUGACCAACAACAUGGCUCCCAAAGACCAAAAUCUACGCAUGGUGCUCUGCCUUUUUCUCCUGACGCUGGUCCGCACCGCCGAGGCGUUUGACGGAGGAGAUGCGGCGGCUUUACUGCUGGGCGCCACAGUGACGCUCGUGGGAAUCUGCGCGUGCCUGGGCUGGUACGCGCGCACACGAAACGGCCAGUUUUGAUGACUACCUGCUCAUCAAGGCCUCAUCCGGAAAUGUGACUGAGUGCAUAAAGACUUUCAUGCAUUUAUGCUGCAAAUAAUUGGUAAUGCGCGCAGAGGAAGGACCUAUAUGGAUAAUAUGAGCUAUUGAAAUAUUCCUUGAUGAAUUAUCCUCAUUGAGUCACUUAUAUUGGACACUGGACACUUCCUGUCUUGGUGGACCAUGUGGGACCAUGUUCUACAACUGCAUCAGCGUUAAAAAGCCCAUUAGAUUAUUACUGCAUGACAACAAGAUCACAUUCUCUGAAACAUUUAUAUGUGACUUGAACAUACCGGUGGACAUGAUGUUGGUCUCCUGUAAUUUUACAGUCACUGCAAGACAAUCUGCUUCCAGUUUCAACUGCGUGAUAAAAGCACUGUUAUGAAUUGUUAAUUGGCUAAUGUCUCUGUCUAUAUAAAGCAUUCAGUGUCAAUUGGCUUUAAAGGAAGGUGAUGCUGCCUGCUUUCUGUGUUUUUGUUAAUAAAUUGUGUAAACUGAA